AUGUCUAAGGACAUCAAGACAGCUGGUGUCCUCAGUCACUAUGAGCAGGACCGUAGUGCGCUUAAGAAAAGGGAAUGGGAGCGGAGGAAUCAAGAAGUCCAGCAGGAAGAAGAUCUCUUUUCUUCAGGCUUUGAUCUUUUUGGGGAGCCCUACAAGACAAACAGAGGCGAUGCACUUGCCAACCGAGUCCAGAACACGCUGGGGAACUAUGAUGAAAUGAAGGAUUUGCUAACUAACCAUUCUAAUCAGAACCAUCUAGUGGGGAUUCCAAAGAAUUCUGUGCCGCAGACGCCCGUCAACAAAAACGAGCCAAGCUUUUUUCCAGAACAAAAGAACCGAAUAGUCCCACCUCACCAGGAUAGCACUCACCCCUCAGCACCAAUGCCUCCACCUUCUGUGGUGAUACUGAAUUCAACUCUAAUACACAGCAACAGAAAAGCCAAGCCUGACUGGCCACGAGAAAGUCCUAACCCCAGCACGGUACCAGCGGGCCAGGCCAACAGUCAGCCAAACAAGAUCCAAGUGUCUACACAGGACCAGACCCCAGCCAGAUUGGAAGACUUCUUUGUCUACCCAGCUGAGCAGCCCCAGGUUGGAGCAGCUGAAGAGUCAAACCCAUCGGCCAAUGAAGACGCUAAUCCCAAACCCAAUGGAGAGGAGACUUUCAAAGAAAUAUUUCAAUCUAACUCACCGGGAGAAUCAGAGUUUACAGUGCAAGCGCCUGGGUCUCCCCUAGUUGCCUCGUCUCUAUUAGCUCCCAGCAGUGGCCUUUCAGUUCAAAACUUCCCAGCAGGGCUCUACUGCAAACCAAGUAUGGGGCAGCAAAAGCCUACUGCAUAUGUAAGACCCAUGGAUGGCCAGGACCAGGCACCAGACAUCUCGCCAACCCUGAAGCCCUCCAUUGAAUUUGAGAACAGCUUUGGGAAUCUCUCAUUUGGAUCACUCUUGGAUGGAAAGCCCAGUGCAGCCAGUUCAAAGACUAAACUGCCAAAGUUCACGAUUCUUCAAACAAAUGAAGUAAGCCUUCCCAGUGAUCCAAGCUGUGUUGAAGAUAUCUUGCGGGAAUCCCAGCAUCUGACCCCAGGAUUCACCUUACAAAAGUGGAGUGACCCAACAAGCAGAGCUUCUACAAAGAUGCUUGAGGACGACUUGAAAAUAAGCAGUGAUGAGGAUGAUCUUGAACCCGUGAAGACGUUGACCACUCAGUGCACUGCUACUGAGCUCUACCAGGCCGUCGAAAAAGCAAAGCCCAAGAAUAAUCCUGUAAAUCUCCUUGUGGCCACACCCCAGCCCCCACCCACAGUGCCAGCCAAUGGAGGAUCUGGAAGCUCGAGUGAAUCAGAAAGUAGCUCUGAGUCAGACUCAGACACUGAAAGCAGCACCACUGACAGUGAAUCCAAUGAGGCCCCGAGAGUGGCCACUCCAGAGCCUGAACCACCCUCCACCAACAAGUGGCAGCUGGACAAAUGGCUUAACAAAGUGACCUCCCAGAACAAGUCAUUCAUCUGUGGGCAAAAUGAGCCCCCCAUGGAGACCAUUUCUCUGCCGCCUCCGAUCAUUCAGCCAGUGGAAGUCCAGGUCAAAAAUAAGGCAAACCCCAGCCAGAAUGUGGCUGAGCCCAAAGAAAGGCCUCUCCUCAAUCUCAUUCGGGAGAAAGCUCGCCCACGCCCCACCCAGAAAGUUCCAGAAGCAAAGGCUUUGAAGCACAAGUUGCCAAUCUCUGUUGACACAGCCUCACAAAGGACAAUUGGGAAAAAACAACCCAAAAAGACAGAGAAGAGUGCCACCGUGGAUGACUUCGCCUGGCCCAAACCAAAUAAUAACAGCAACACUCCCAAAGAAAAAGAAAGUGUGGAGCUGCCUGACCCCCCAAGAGGCCGCAGCAAAGCCGCAGCGCACAAACCAGGCCCAAGGAAGGAGCCCAGACCCAGCAUGCCCGUGACUGUGGAGAAGAAGAAGUACAGAGGGCCUGGCAAGACGGUGCCCAAGUCCCGGGAAUUCAUUGAAACGGACUCGUCCACAUCAGAUUCCAACACAGAUCAUGAAGAGACCCUGCAGAUGAAAGCCUUGCCUCCGUGCGCUGCCUCCGGAGGAAGCCUGGCCAAAUCCAAGGAGGCCUGCACUGCCACGCAAACCCUCAGCGCCUCAGUGACUAGCAGCAGCAACAACGAUGCACCUGUCACCAGCGAGGAACCGUCUUUCUCACCCCUCUCCGUUCUGCAUUCUGAGCUGCUUUCCCCCAUCCAAGAGCCCGAGAGCAUGAAAAACCUCUGGGUGAAGAUUGACCUGGACUUGCUCGUGAGAGUGCCUGGCCACAACUUACUCCAAGUUGUGCCCCCUAAGCCGGACCACAAGGAUGCUGCCCCCAAAGCCAAGCGUCAGCCCAGCGCCCCAGCUGCAGAAAAGCCCGCCCCUAAGGGCAAGCGUAAGCACAAGCCAACAGAAGCUGCAGAGAAAAUUCCCGAGAAGAAGCAGCGCCUGGAAGAUUCUUCACUGAUCUGCCUGCUCCCACCUUGCAUCUCACCAGUGCCACCACACAAGCCUCCCAGCACUAGAGAAAAUAAUUCGUCCAGGAGAGCAAACAGAAGGAAGGAAGAAAAGCUGUUUCCCCCACCACUUUCCCCCCUGCCAGAGGACCCCCCGCGUCGCAGGAAUGUCAGUGGCAACAAUGGUCCCUUCAAUCAUGAGAAAGCCAUCCUCACAACCGGACAGGCCACCUUGACCAAAUUGAAGAGAAGUGAAGGCAAAUUCUGUGCGACUUUCAAGGGGAUAUCAGUGACUGAGGGAGACACUCAAAAAAAGGCAGCCUCUGCUGCCAUUGCUGUUACCGGCAUUGCUAACUCUACAGCCACCAUCACUGCUGCAGCCAUUGUAACUGCCACUGUCACAGCCACGACCACGGCCACAGCCACCACCACAACUACUACCACCACCAUUUCUGCCAUCACCUCUACUAUCACUACUGGCCUCGUGGAUAGCAGUCACCUGGAGAUGGCGUCCUGGGCGGCCUUGCCCCUUCUGUCCAGCAGCAGCACCAGUGUGCGGAGACCCAAGCUCACUUUUGAUGACUCGGUCCACAAUGCUGAUUAUUAUAUGCAGGAAGCUAAGAAGUUGAAGCACAAAGCUGAUGCCCUGUUUGAGAAAUUUGGCAAGGCGGUCAAUUAUGCCGAUGCAGCCCUCUCCUUCACGGAAUGUGGCAACGCCAUGGAGCGCGAUCCCCUCGAAGCGAAGUCUCCGUACACCAUGUACUCCGAAACCGUGGAGCUGCUCAGGUAUGCGAUGAGGCUGAAGAACUUUGCCAGCCCCUUGGCUUCACAUGGGGACAAAAAGCUGGCAGUAUUAUGCUACCGCUGUUUGUCACUUCUUUACUUGAGAAUGUUCAAAUUGAAGAAGGACCAUGCUAUGAAGUACUCCAGGUCACUGAUGGAGUAUUUUAAGCAAAAUGCUUCAAAAGUCGCUCAAAUACCAUCUCCGUGGGUCGGCAAUGGAAAGAAUACCCCAUCUCCAGUGUCUCUCAAUAACGUCUCUCCCAUCAACCCAAUGGGGAACUGUAACAAUGGCCCAGUCACCAUUCCCCAGCGCAUCCACCACAUGGCAGCCAGCCAUGUCAACAUCACUAGCAACGUGCUGAGAGGCUAUGAACACUGGGACAUGGCCGACAAACUGACAAGAGAGAACAAAGAAUUCUUUGGUGACCUGGACACAUUGAUGGGGCCUCUGACCCAGCACAGCAGCAUGACCAAUCUUGUUCGCUACGUUCGCCAGGGACUGUGCUGGCUGCGCAUCGAUGCCCACUUGUUGUAG